GCCGUCACGUGUACUCAAUAUCAAAGCAAUGGUCAGGACGGCGGACAUAAUGAUAUUCAGGAGGAUAAGCAUCACUACCAGCCCUACGGAUUCGGCUAUGAUAUUGAAGACGGCUAUGGAAACAAACAGUGGAGACACGAGAAGAGUCAACAGCCCUCUAAUGUGAUCGGAAGUUAUGGUUUCAAAGACAAGGACGGAAUCAUGAGAGAAGUGGAAUACGUGGCCGACAAGAAUGGCUUCAGAGCGAGAAUCAAGACCAACGAACCGGGAACUGCUCCCAAAGAUCCGGGAGAUGUCAAGUUUGAAGCCUCCCCUGUGGUUGUCUCGAGUCAUAUCAAACAUACAGCUAAUGGCGAACAGACGGGUCCUCAGGAAGAGGUGUACAAAUACGGCGGUCACGACAACAAUAAUAAUAAUAACCAACGAAUUCAACACAGAAUGGGAAGAGUGGGCAGAAUGAGAGCCGCGGCCUCCAGACAACGCUUUGUGUAUCUGCCGUAUUAUGAUUAA